GCAGUUUCCCGGCUUCGCUCGGUCACAUCCGGGUUCCACCGCAGGUUCCGGCCGGGAGCAGGCGGAACCUUGUAGUCGCGCCUCCAACUAACAAGCGCAACGGGGACAGUUUAGGCUUCUGCGCACCGCUCUCCACGAGUGCUGCAGCUUGCUUGGGGCAGGGAAGGCGGGCGUUGUAGGGUGAGCGGCAUGGACGUGCUUGCGGAGGAAUUCGGAAACCUGACCCCGGAGCAGCUGGCUGCGCCGAUUCCGACUGUAGAGGAAAAAUGGAGGCUGCUCCCAGCAUUUUUAAAGGUGAAAGGCCUUGUGAAACAGCAUAUAGAUUCAUUUAACUAUUUCAUUAAUGUAGAGAUAAAGAAGAUAAUGAAAGCCAACGAAAAGGUUACAAGUGAUGCUGACCCCAUGUGGUACUUGAAAUAUCUUAAUAUCUAUGUUGGGCUUCCUGAUGUUGAAGAAAGCUUCAAUGUAACUAGACCAGUGUCCCCUCAUGAGUGCCGUUUGAGAGACAUGACAUACUCUGCACCCAUUACAGUAGAUAUUGAGUAUACCCGAGGCAGCCAGAGGAUCAUCCGCAAUGCCUUACCCAUUGGCAGAAUGCCUAUAAUGCUACGCAGUUCAAACUGUGUUCUUACAGGAAAAACGCCAGCAGAGUUUGCCAAACUGAACGAAUGUCCUUUAGAUCCAGGUGGCUACUUCAUUGUUAAAGGAGUAGAAAAAGUUAUUCUUAUCCAAGAGCAACUGUCUAAGAACAGGAUCAUCGUGGAAGCUGAUAGAAAAGGGGCAGUUGGAGCUUCAGUUACCAGCUCUACCCAUGAGAAAAAAAGCAGAACCAAUAUGGCUGUGAAACAAGGACGAUUUUAUUUGAGGCAUAAUACUUUGUCAGAAGAUAUACCCAUUGUCAUCAUAUUUAAGGCCAUGGGUGUUGAGAGUGACCAGGAAAUUGUACAGAUGAUUGGAACAGAGGAGCACGUGAUAGCUGCAUUUGGGCCCAGUUUGGAAGAAUGCCAGAAAGCUCAGAUUUUCACACAGAUGCAGGCAUUAAAAUAUAUAGGGAACAAAGUAAGAAGGCAAAGGAUGUGGGGAGGUGGACCAAAGAAAACCAAAAUAGAAGAAGCAAGAGAGCUCCUGGCUUCUACAAUUUUGACCCAUGUAGCAGUUAAGGAAUUCAAUUUCCGAGCCAAAUGUAUCUAUACUGCAGUGAUGGUACGAAGAGUAAUUCUGGCACAAGGAGAUAAUAAAGUUGAUGACAGAGACUAUUAUGGUAACAAGCGAUUGGAAUUGGCAGGACAGCUUUUAUCACUUCUUUUUGAAGAUUUGUUCAAAAAAUUUAAUUCUGAAAUGAAGAAGAUUGCCGACCAAGUGAUCCCUAAGCAAAGAGCAGCCCAGUUUGAUGUUGUGAAGCACAUGCGCCAAGACCAGAUUACCAAUGGCAUGGUGAAUGCCAUUUCUACUGGAAACUGGUCUCUAAAGAGAUUUAAAAUGGACCGCCAAGGUGUGACCCAAGUGCUGUCUCGCUUGUCAUACAUAUCUGCCCUGGGCAUGAUGACAAGAAUAUCUUCCCAGUUUGAAAAAACAAGGAAAGUGAGUGGUCCUCGCUCUCUCCAGCCAUCUCAGUGGGGAAUGCUUUGUCCUUCAGACACUCCCGAAGGAGAGGCAUGUGGUUUGGUUAAAAACUUGGCCCUUAUGACACACAUCACAACUGACAUGGAAGAUGGACCCAUUGUUAAAUUAGCCAGUAAUCUGGGAGUAGAAGAUGUGAAUUUAUUAUGUGGGGAGGAGCUCUCUUACCCAAAUGUAUUUCUUGUUUUUCUUAAUGGUAACAUCCUUGGUGUCAUUCGAGACCAUAAAAAACUAGUGAAUACAUUUCGACUGAUGCGAAGAGCAGGAUAUAUCAAUGAAUUUGUUUCCAUCUCAACAAAUCUUACAGAUCGAUGUGUCUACAUUUCCUCUGAUGGAGGAAGGCUGUGCAGACCUUACAUAAUUGUCAAGAAACAGAAGCCAGCAGUCACAAAUAAGCAUAUGGAAGAGCUGGCCCAGGGGUACAGGAAUUUUGAAGAUUUCUUACAUGAGAGUCUGGUUGAAUAUUUAGAUGUGAAUGAAGAAAAUGAUUGUAACAUUGCACUCUAUGAACAUACAAUUAAUAAAGACACCACUCACUUGGAGAUUGAACCCUUCACUCUUCUUGGCGUUUGUGCUGGCCUGAUCCCGUACCCUCAUCAUAACCAGUCCCCAAGAAACACAUAUCAGUGUGCCAUGGGGAAGCAAGCCAUGGGUACCAUUGGAUACAACCAGAGAAACAGAAUUGAUACUCUCAUGUAUCUACUAGCAUAUCCACAAAAACCCAUGGUUAAAACAAAAACCAUUGAACUGAUAGAGUUUGAGAAAUUGCCAGCUGGACAGAAUGCAACAGUUGCUGUCAUGAGUUAUAGUGGCUAUGAUAUUGAAGAUGCUCUUGUUUUAAACAAAGCCUCCCUAGACAGAGGCUUUGGGCGUUGCCUUGUAUAUAAAAAUGCUAAAUGUACAUUGAAACGAUAUACCAAUCAGACGUUUGAUAAAGUGAUGGGGCCCAUGUUGGAUGCUGCUACAAGGAAACCCAUCUGGCGACAUGAAAUUUUAGAUGCAGAUGGUAUUUGUUCUCCAGGUGAGAAAGUAGAAAACAAACAAGUGCUUGUUAAUAAGUCCAUGCCCACAGUGACUCAGAUUCCUUUGGAAGGAAGUAAUGUGCCACAGCAACCACAGUACAAAGAUGUGCCUAUAACCUACAAAGGAGCAACAGAUUCAUAUAUUGAAAAAGUAAUGAUAUCUUCAAAUGCUGAAGAUGCUUUUCUGAUCAAAAUGCUGCUGAGACAGACAAGGCGCCCAGAAAUUGGAGACAAAUUCAGCAGUCGUCAUGGGCAAAAAGGUGUUUGUGGCUUGAUUGUCCCCCAGGAAGACAUGCCAUUUUGUGAUUCUGGCAUCUGUCCGGACAUCAUAAUGAACCCACACGGCUUCCCAUCUCGAAUGACGGUGGGAAAGUUAAUCGAGCUGCUGGCUGGCAAGGCUGGCGUGUUGGACGGCCGGUUCCACUAUGGCACUGCAUUUGGAGGGAGUAAAGUGAAGGACGUGUGUGAAGACCUCGUUCGCCACGGUUACAACUACUUGGGGAAAGACUACGUGACAUCUGGCAUCACAGGUGAGCCCUUAGAAGCAUACAUCUAUUUCGGCCCUGUAUACUAUCAGAAACUGAAACACAUGGUGCUGGAUAAAAUGCAUGCCCGGGCCCGGGGCCCACGAGCCGUCCUUACCAGGCAACCCACUGAAGGUCGAUCUCGUGAUGGUGGCUUGCGGCUUGGAGAAAUGGAACGUGACUGUUUAAUUGGUUAUGGAGCCAGUAUGCUUUUGCUAGAGAGACUAAUGAUUUCAAGUGAUGCCUUUGAGGUUGAUGUCUGUGGGCAGUGUGGACUUCUGGGGUAUUCUGGCUGGUGCCAUUACUGCAAGUCAUCAUGCCACGUUUCUUCCCUCCGCAUUCCCUAUGCCUGCAAGCUACUCUUCCAGGAACUGCAGUCCAUGAACAUCAUCCCCAGGUUAAAACUGUCUAAGUACAAUGAAUGAGCGUUGAAAAGAUGAUUAUUUAAAGAGAACAAGCGAUAUGUUCUAUGCAAUGGAAAGCAGAAGGGAUUGAGGACUACUACUCCUGUGAAUAAUUCCUUUGAGUAUUCUCUCUCUAAAGCAACAAAAAAAAAAAAAUAUUGAUUACUGAGCAAACAACCUGGAUCUGUGAGCCUCCAGCCAUGGGAGGGAUGCCAGCAACAUGAACUGUAAUGCAGUUUGAUUCACAGAUGGAUAAUGACCUGAAGGAUAAACUUUUAUUUAUGUGAAUAGCUUGAAGUGUAUUCAUUGGAAGAACUUACUCCUUAAAGAGAAUGUUUGGGGUUAACUUUCCCAUGAUAUCUUCUGGCUAAUGAUUUUCAAGAUUCUUCUGAAAUUUGGAGGAUGUGAAGAAUUCAUUUGAUUUGGUCAGGUUGACUUUUGUUGAGGUAGCUGGUUCUGAGCAGUACGUGGAGGAAAGAAGGACCCCAGGAAGCUGAAAUGGUGGCCGACAAAGUGAGAGCUGUCUUGACUGGUACUGUGGAAGAUGAAUUUUCCCAACAAUUAAUUUCUUGCCUUUUCACACCCAAACUUUGUAAUUUUAAUCUUGGUGAAAUAUAAUAAAUGUGUUUCUACCUUGUCACCUUUUCUCAUAGACUUAGUUGCUGGGCUACUUUAAAUCUCCAUGAUCAUACCAUGCAAAAAUAUUUAUUAAAUAUCUGAAUAUAACUCCAUGGAUGCUUCAUCAUUGCCUAUUCCUUUCAUUCUUGUCAGGAUGUUAGCUUUCCAUUUUCUUUUAACCUGACAGCCUUCCUUACUCAUUUGUAAUUUGUUCUCAACUGCUCUGCCUUAAUAUAUGUAUUAAGGAUUAUUAAUAAAGUAAGA